CAAGGGCAAUAACAGCAGGACCCGUAGCUACAGCUACUGUAAAACUGAGUCAAAAUGACCUCCACCGGCAUGAACAUGAUGAGCAAGAUCACCUUCUACGAGGACAGGAACUUCAUGGGACGUUCCUAUGAGUGUAUGAACGACAUGUCCGACAUGUCCUCCUACAUGUCCCGCUGCCACUCCUGCAGGGUGGAGAGAGGUUGCUUCAUGGUCUACGACCGCACCAACUACAUGGGUAACCAGUACUUCAUGAGGAGGGGCGAGUACGCCGACUACAUGAGCAUGUUUGGCUGGAGCGACAGCAUCAGGUCCUGUCGUAUGAUCCCCAUGUACAGAGGAAGCUACAGGAUGAGGAUCUACGAGAGGGAGAACUUCGGUGGCCAGAUGCAUGAGAUGAUGGACGACUGUGACUCUAUCAUGGAUCGUUACCGCAUGAACAACUGCAUGUCCUGCAACGUGAUGGAGGGCCACUGGCUGAUGUACGAGCAGCCCAACUACAGAGGCAGAAUGUGGUACAUGAGGCCUGGCGAGUACAGGAACUUCCACCAGAUGAUGGGAGGCAUGGGAGGCAUGGGAGGCAUGGGCAACAUGAGGUUCAUGAGCAUGAGGCGCAUCAAUGACUCUUUCUACUAGACAGUAUUUUAAAAUGUGAACUUCAUGGGACGUUCCUAUGAGUGUAUGAACGACAUGUCCGACAUGUCCUCCUACAUGUCCCGCUGCCACUCCUGCAGGGUGGAGAGAGGUUGCUUCAUGGUCUACGACCGCACCAACUACAUGGGUAACCAGUACUUCAUGAGGAGGGGCGAGUACGCCGACUACAUGAGCAUGUUUAACUGGAGCGACUGCAUCAGGUCCUGCCGUAUGAUCCCCAUGCACAGAGGAAGCUACAGGAUGAGGAUCUACGAGAGGGAGAACUUCGGUGGCCAAAUGCAUGAGAUGAUGGACGACUGUGACAACAUCAUGGAUCGUUACCGCAUGAACAACUGCAUGUCCUGCAACGUGAUGGACGGCCACUGGCUGAUGUACGAUCAGGCCAACUACAGAGGCAGAAUGUGGUACAUGAGGCCUGGCGAGUACAGGAACUUCAAUCAGAUGAUGGGAGGCAUGGGAGGCAUGGGAGGCAUGGGCAACAUGAAGUUCAUGAGCAUGAGGCGCAUCAAUGACUCUUUCUACUAGACAUUAUUUAAAAAUGUGCUGACAUGAAGAUCUCAAUGAACCCAUGAUUUUGAAAUAAACACUUUUGCCUACAAACCUUUGU